ACACACUUCCGGCCUUUGUGACUCAUUGUGUCUGUGUCGAGGCGUCGGGAGGGCCUAGGUCCGUGUGCAGCGCCCUUCGGCCGGCCUGAGCCCCAGAGUCAGCUCCCCUUUCUCGCCCAGCGCCCCCAGGCCGCUCCCGGGGCUCACGGAACGGCACCGAAACAUACCAGCGAACAUCUCCCAGGCCAGGAAGGAGAGCACAGACCCUACUGGGAUCAAGUCCACCCCCUGAGCCUGAAUGAUGACUGCAGAGUCCAGGGAAGCCACAGGUCUGUCCCCCCAGGCUGCCCAGGAGAAGGAUGGGAUCGUGAUAGUGAAGGUAGAAGAGGAAGAUGAAGAAGACCACAUGUGGGGGCAGGAUUCCGGCCUGCAGGAGACGCCGCCUCCCGACCCGGAGAUUUUCCGCCAGCGGUUCAGGCACUUCUGUUACCAGAACACUUUUGGGCCUCGGGAGGCUCUGAGUCGACUGAAGGAACUUUGUCAUCAGUGGCUCCGGCCGGAGAUCAACACCAAGGAGCAGAUCCUGGAGCUGCUGGUGCUGGAGCAGUUCCUUUCCAUCCUGCCCAAGGAGCUCCAAGUCUGGCUGCAGGAAUACCGUCCCGAUAGUGGGGAGGAGGCCGUGACCCUCCUGGAAGAUUUGGAGCUUGAUUUAUCAGGACAGCAGGUGCCAGGUCAAGUUCAUGGACCUGAGAUGCUCGCAAGGGGGAUGGUGCCUCUGGAUCCAGUGCAGGAGUCCUCCAGCUUUGACCUUCAUCAUGAGGCCACCCAGUCCCAUUUCAAGCAUUCAGCUCGGAAACCUCGCCUCUUACAGUCACGCGCUCUCCCUGCCACCCACGUUCCUGCCCCUCAUCACGAGGGGAGUCCCAGAGACCAGGCGAUGGCAUCUGCACUAUUCACAGCAGAUUCCCAGGCAAUGGUGAAGAUCGAGGACAUGGCCGUGUCCCUCAUCCUGGAGGAAUGGGGAUGUCAGAACCUGGCCCGGAGGAAUCUCAAUAGGGACAACAGGCAGGAGAAUUAUGGGAACGUGUUUUCCCAGGGUUGUGAAAACAGGAGUGAGAAUGAGGAGUCGACCUCAAAGGCUGAAGUCGCAGAAGACUCAGCGCCACGUGGGGAGACAACAGGAAGAUUCCAGAAAGAUUUUGGAGAAAAACGUGAACAGCAGGGCAGAACAGUAGAAAGGCAACAGAGAAACCCUGAGGAAAAAACUGGAAGAGAAAAAAAAGAUUCGGGCCCAGCUACGGUCAAGGAAAAAAAACCCACCACGGGCGAGAGAGGUCCAAGGGAGAAGGGUAAAGGUUUGGGAAGAAGUUUCAGCCUGAGUUCAAACUUUAACACCCCUGAAGAAGCUCCAACAGGAGCGAAGUCCCACAGAUGUGAUGAAUGUGGUAAAUGCUUCACGAGGAGUUCAAGCCUUAUUCGCCAUAAAAUAAUCCAUACCGGGGAAAAGCCCUAUGAAUGUAGUGAGUGUGGGAAAGCCUUCAGCCUCAACUCCAACCUGGUCCUGCAUCAGAGAAUCCACACAGGAGAGAAACCUCAUGAAUGUAACGAGUGCGGCAAAGCCUUCAGUCACAGUUCGAAUCUCAUUCUCCAUCAGCGGAUCCACUCUGGAGAGAAGCCCUAUGAAUGUAACGAGUGUGGGAAGGCCUUCAGCCAGAGCUCAGACCUGACUAAGCAUCAGAGGAUCCACACGGGGGAGAAGCCCUAUGAAUGUAGUGAGUGUGGGAAAGCUUUCAACCGAAACUCGUACCUUAUUUUGCAUCGGAGAAUUCACACCCGAGAAAAGCCCUAUAAGUGCACUAAGUGCGGCAAGGCCUUCACGCGGAGCUCGACCCUCACUCUGCAUCACAGGAUCCACACCAGAGAGCGGGCCUCCGAGCGUUACAUCUGUGCCGAGUGCGGAAAAGCCUUUAGUAAUAGCUCAAAUCUUACCAAGCACCGGAGAACGCACACUGGGGAGAAGCCCUAUGUGUGCACCAAAUGUGGGAAAGCUUUCAGCCACAGCUCAAACCUGACCCUCCAUUACAGAACACACUUGGUGGACCGGCCCUAUGACUGUAAGUGUGGGAAAGCCUUUGGUCAGAGCUCAGACCUCCUUAAACAUCAGCGAAUGCACACGGAAGAGGCGCCCUAUCAGUGUAAAGAUUGCGGAAAAGCUUUCAGUGGGAAAGGCAGCCUCAUCCGACACUAUCGGAUCCACACUGGGGAGAAACCUUACCAGUGUAACGAGUGUGGAAAGAGCUUUAGCCAGCACGCAGGUCUCAGUUCUCACCAGAGGCUCCACACCGGAGAGAAGCCGUACAAAUGUAAGGAGUGUGGGAAAGCCUUCAACCACAGCUCAAAUUUUAAUAAACACCAUAGAAUCCAUACCGGGGAGAAGCCCUACUGGUGUAAUCACUGUGGAAAAACCUUCUGUAGUAAGUCCAAUCUUUCCAAACAUCAGCGAGUCCACACCGGAGAGGGAGAAGGGCUUUAAGUGUCAAACAGACCCCACAAGUGCGAUGAAUGUAGCAAGAGCUUUAAUCGAACUUCAGACCUCAUUCAGCACCAGAGAAUCCACACUGGGGAGAAGCCCUAUGAAUGUAGUGAGUGCGGGAAGGCCUUCAGCCAGAGCUCGCAUCUCAUUCAGCAUCAGAGAAUCCACACCGGAGAGAAGCCGUACGAAUGUAGCGAUUGUGGGAAGACCUUCAGCUGCAGCUCUGCGCUUAUCCUCCAUCGAAGGAUCCACACCGGGGAGAAGCCCUACGAAUGUAGCGAAUGCGGGAAGACCUUUAGCUGGAGCUCUACCCUUACUCAUCACCAGAGAAUCCACACCGGAGAGAAACCGUACGCCUGUAAUGAGUGCGGGAAGGCCUUCAGUCGGAGCUCUACCCUCAUCCAUCACCAGAGAAUCCACACUGGAGAGAAGCCCUAUGAAUGUCACGAGUGCGGGAAGGCCUUCAGCCAGAGCUCGCACCUCUAUCAGCACCAGAGAAUCCACACUGGAGAGAAGCCCUAUGAAUGUAUGGAAUGCGGAGGGAAGUUUACCUACAGUUCAGGCCUUAUUCAGCAUCAAAGAAUCCACACGGGGGAGAAUCCCUACGAAUGUAGUGAGUGUGGGAAAGCCUUUCGAUACAGCUCAGCUCUAGUCCGCCAUCAGAGAAUUCACACUGGAGAGAAGCUUGAAUGUAAUGGGAAUGAGCAAAAGUUCUCUCAGAGUCGCUGCCGAGCUCAGCAUCAGAGAGUCUACCUGAGAGAGAGCCGCGCACCUCUUUUCCUCACUUCCUCUGAGUCUAACAAGCUCCUGCCUUACUACACAAGGAUGAACAUCUUAGAACGUGUCCCUUCCGGCUCAGACCUUUCGCUUUAGAGAACGGGGCAGAUGGGGGAGAUCAUCCCGGCACACCCUCGUGACGAGCUACCUGGUCACUUUCCCCCAGGAGUGACACCCGGAAGCGAGCGGCAGGUUGAGUGCUAGGAACGCCAGGGAAGCUCUGGGACCGGUCACCUUCCAUUUUGGAAGGGAGUUUGCACUAGCCCGUUUCUCUCACACCACAGGAGCCUUUCCUUCCGAGGUGGGGAGUGGAAGCACAGUAGGAAGAAAAUUCCAAGGACUCCUCUGGUUGGAGUCCGUGUAGUCGGCACCGAAGGCACUGGAAAGAAUGUUCUGGGUCCUGCUGUUUGCUAACAAGGGGACACAGAGGCUGUCUUUCAAAGCCACUGUCCCUAAUCCAGCUUUAGGUUCUGGUAAGGAACCUUUGCUAUUUGUUGUUACUUUUUUUGUUCCAUGAUUUUGUCAAUUAAUGGAAAUUUGGUGCUGAGGGAUUUGUUAUUUUAUUGGGGGGGGUGUUCAUGAGGUUUUCUGGGAUAACUGUAUUUUGGGGGGCUCUUGGAGCAGCAAGCCCGUUUCCAAGAGCAGCGAGGCGGUUUUGUUGGGAGAGCUCCUUGUCCUUCUCCACUGUGAUGGGUCUGAUUGGGAAAUCCAUCUGAUGAAGAAAGUCUCACAGGGGAAGGAUUGAAAGCAUUAAGCGUUGGCCUGCUUCUGUCCUCUCUCGCUGUUCCUCUCCCCGCUCCUGUGCUGAAAAGUGAUUUAAUCCAAACCCCCAGUUGCUAAGACUAGAAUGCUUUCAAGGAGCUCACUCAGCCAGCUUGCCCUGCCCUCCGUCACCUAUGACCUGUGACAUCGGGCCCCAGCAGCCGGACCUCCCGUGACCCCAUCUCUGACUUCGGCAGCAAAAGAAGCGCAAAGCCCAGAGAAGGGGAGUCUCUGGCCUGACCUGGCCACCAGGCUCCUUGCUGGGUUAGGCUGGAGCUUCCGAGGGUGCCCAGCUGAAGGGAUGGUCUUUCGUUCUGUUUUCCCAAUCCUGCUCAUCCUGUAGCAUAAACGAAGUGCACUAUUAAACAGAAUAGUUUUCUAGAA